GUAAGUUCUUAUGCUCCACAUCUCAAGUCUGUUCUUUAAGGAUGACUUUGGAAGCAUUUGCCACCAAGGUAGGCAAGCAAAUUCAAAUGUGCAUCUAUUUGAUAAUGAUAGGAGUUUGAAAGCAAUUGAACUUGCGCACUAUAAAAGUAGCAUUUAAUCUCCAUUAUUAUUUGACAACGUAUUGGGAUGCCAAUGGAUAUCAGAACCAGAAGCAUUUGUGCUUUAAAUGGCUUCAUGUUCUUCCUUUUCAUCUUCUUACUCUGCUUCCUUCCUUCACAUUAUCAUUGUGCUCAAGUUGAUAAGCUAACUCCUCUGCGACCGUUAGCGCAGGGGCAAACUCUAGUUUCCCCUGGCCACGUUUUCGAGUUAGGCUUCUUCAGUCCUAAUAACUCUGCUAACAAGUAUGUGGGAAUAUGGCACAAGGAUAUAUCUCCUCGGAAGGUUGUAUGGGUAGCCAACAGAGAAAAUCCUCUAGCAGUUGCAGACACCUCGGCGAGUUUGAUACUUGGUAGCAAUGGGAAUCUGAAUCUUGUAGAUGGGAAACUCAAGUCUGUAUGGUCUACUAAUGUUACUUUGGCGUCAUCACCGAAUACUAGUUCAGUUUCUGCAGUUCUUUUGGACAGUGGAAACUUUGUUGUCAGCGCUCCUAUGGGAGCUGACUCAGCUGAGUUAUGGAAGAGCUUUGAUUAUCCUGGUGACACGGUCCUGCCAAACAUGGUGUUGCGAUACGACAAGUUUGGAAAGGGGAAUUUCUUGAGUUCUUGGAAAACAGAGAAUGAUCCAUCACCAGGGAAAUACUUGCUUGGAUUAGCGCCCCAGACGCCAUCACAAGUGUUCAUUUGGAUCAAUAAUGGAUCAAAUGAUUCACAUUCCAUUCCUUACUGGAGAAGUGGUCCAUGGGAUAAGUCCAGCUUCAUUGGUGUACCGGAAAUGGAUCACAGAUAUAUAAACGGAUUCAGUGUAGUUGAUAACUUAAAGCAGGGGACACAGGAUUUCUCUUAUAGCUUAUAUGACAAACCUGUGGCGUACAUAUACAUCUCUCCAGAAGGAAUAGUGAGGCUUGCAUUUUCGAAGAAUGAUGGGAAGUGGUAUGUUUAUUGGCAGACACCAAAGAAUUCAUGUGACCUUUAUGGCGCUUGUGGACCUUAUGGAGUUUGCACAGCUUCUUCGUCUCCAAUCUGUAAGUGUUUAAAAGGUUUUGUACCAAAGUCAAGUGCUGAAUGGAGCAAAGGAAACUGGACAGGAGGGUGUGUGAGGAAGACCAAAUUGUUUUGUGAGAGACAAACAAAUAAGUCAGUUUCAUCAGGAGGGAAACAAGAUGAUGAUGAUGGGUUUUGGAAGAUGGUGAAGUUGAAAAUACCAGAUUCUCAUGAGUUCAUUACUGCUUUCAAUGCUGAAGAAACCUCCAAAGAUUGCAAACUGCGGUGCCUAAAUAACUGUUCUUGCGUUGCUUAUGCAUUUCUUAAUAAUAUAGGGUGUUUGGUGUGGUCCAAGGAUCUUAUUGAUAUACAACAGUUUUCGGCAUCUGUGGGAGUAGAAGUUUACAUUCGCCUAGCACACUCUGAACUAGCUGAAGGAAAGCCAAUAAAGUUAAUUGCCAGCCUUACAGCUAUUGGUUUUGUGAGUAUCGUGGCAGCCAUAGUUUUCGGUUUUCACAGGAGGCGAGCUAACCAGAAGAAGAUCAAACAAACGACACAGAACUUUGAACAUGGUAUGAAUAAGAGUUCAGGAGAUGGCGGUCUCCGAGAAUAUAUAGGAAAGCACGAUGAGCUCAAGAUCUAUGAUUUUGAUAGCAUACUAACUGCCACAAACAAUUUCAGUCUCGCAAACAAACUCGGACAAGGAGGAUUCGGCCCGGUUUAUAAGGGUAUGCUACAAGAUGGGAAGGAAGUAGCAGUAAAGCGACUAUCUAGUAGCUCUGGACAAGGCAUUGAAGAAUUCAAGAAUGAGAUGCUGAUGAUCUCCAAUCUUCAACACAAGAAUCUUGUUAGGAUCAUGGGUUGCUGCGUUAAAGAGGAUGAGAAGUUGCUGAUCUACGAGUUCAUGCCAAACAAAAGCUUGGAUACUUAUCUAUUCGAUACGAGAAAGAGAGCAGUGCUUGAUUGGGCGACACGCUUCAAUAUCAUUCAGGGUGUUGCUAGAGGGCUUAUUUAUCUGCACCAUGAUUCCUAUGUGAAGGUAAUACAUAGAGAUCUGAAAGUCAGCAACAUUCUCUUGGAUGAGAAAAUGAAUCCAAAAAUUUCAGAUUUUGGAUUGGCACGGAUAGUUGAAGGAACACAAAAUCUAGAGAAUACCCAGAGAGUUGUUGGAACACGUGGCUACAUGGCUCCGGAAUAUGCCAUGGGCGGAAUGUUUUCUGAAAAAUCCGACGUCUAUAGCUUCGGGGUCCUGGUGUUGGAGAUUAUCAGCAGCAAGAAGAAUACCAGCUUCUCUAUAUAUGACCAACAACUUGGCUUUUUAGCCUUUGCAUGGAACUUGUGGAAUGAAGAUAGGGCAAUGGAGCUGGUAGAUGAAAUAUUAGGUGAUUCAUAUUCCUUGUCAGAAGUAUUGAAAUGCGUGCAUAUAGGGCUUCUAUGUGUACAAGACAAUGCCGUGGAUAGGCCAACCAUGGCGGACAUAGCUUUGAUGUUAAGUAGUGAGAAGGACGGUCCACAACCUAAGCUGCCUUUGUUUACCAUCCAAAACUCAGCUUAUCAUCCUCAACCACACUCUUCUGAGAAUACAAACUCCUCCAAAAAUGAAGCUAGCAUUACAAUGAUUGAAGGAAGAUGAACAAUACCAAAUUGUUAUGUGAAAGUUUUCAUUUUUGUGUAAGGAAAAACAACCUGUUGGCCUAGGGUAGUAUAGAUGUGUUGUUCUGUUGCACGUUCAUUGUUACGUAUACACUCUAGCCUGUAUGAACAAUCUUGCUUUCUAAAGUUAUCUCU